UUUAAAUGUUUGGUCAUUGUUUAUCCAUGUCAUACUGAAACUUAUGGCUGUCACAUUUAAUUUCUUUGCUUCAAUUUAAUAUACAGGCUGCUUGCUUUGGCCACUAGUUUUGCAACAAAGAUAAUACACAUGUGUGGUUUGUCACUUCACAAAGGAGAUAAUUCAAAGUCAUGGACUAGUCAAAAUGGCCAGUACCCUCUUCACGUGUUGGAGCUAAUAGAUAUGAGGGCUGAAAAAAUGGGGAGUUCUAUAAAUAUUCAGAAGAUGGCACGUUUCCUGGAGAUAACUCGGAGGUUGCAGCGGCAGCUAAAUUCUAAGUUCAAGAGGCCAGGCCAAGGAUUGGUGGAUCGUGGUGGCCUCUUUAAUAAUACAGAGUUUUCAUUGGAAGACUCGAAGAUUCUUGAUCUUUCUAGAGAUGUCUUACCAUUUGAUUACCAAAGAGAAACAGUAGUGCGUGUAGCAGAAUUGGAGUCAACUAAUGAUGAAACUCUUGCUUUAAUGCCUGCGGAUAGCAUGGAUGCCAAGGCCAAAUUUGCUCUGGAGAAUCCAAAAGACAUGAUUGCUCGAUGGGAAUCGGACAAUUUGGAUCUCAAAUCAAUUGUAAAAGAUGCUAUACUUUCUGGCCGUCUUCCUUUGGCAGUUCUUAAGUUGCAUCUUCAUCGUUUACAAGACAUACCAAAUCUGGAAGCUCAGGACACAUUCAGCGAAGUUCGUGAAGUUGGAAGAGCAAUAGCUUAUGACUUAUUCCUGAAGGGUGAGACUGGAAUUGCAGUGGCAACGCUGCAAAAGCUUGGUGAAGAUAUUGAAAUCAGCCUUAAGGAGUUGGCUUUUGGAACUGUUAGGAGAUCUCUUCGGGCACAAAUAGUUGACUUUAUGAAAAAAUAUGGAUAUCUUGGAGCACGUGAGUGGAAGACAUUAGAGAUGAUAGCCCUUAUUGAGAGGGUGUAUCCAUGCAGCAGUUUCACAGGCACUUUUUGUAACCGGCUUCAAGAGCUAAAUGGGGAAUUCAAUGGUAAUGCGCCGGGUGAAAUAAGUUUGCAAAUACUCCAUCCAUUGGCUAGGGAUCUUGUUAUCAAAUGCGGAGAGCUUGAUGGAGUUGUGAUGGGUCCGUGGACAGAAAUCGCUCAACAUGCAACUCAUUCUGAAACUGAUGAUGUUAGUAUUCACAGAAGUUAUUGGACAGCUGCUGCAGCAUGGUCUGACGCGUGGGAUCAGCAUAUUGUUGAUUGUAUAGUACUUGAUCAACCAUUCGUUAUGGGGAUUGAUGUAUUGUGGGAAUCUCAACUUGAGUACCAGAUGCGCCACAAUGACUGGUUGCAAGUUUCAAGACUUUUGGAGGUCAUCCCAUCUUAUGCAUUGUCCCAUGGAAGUCUGAACAUCAGUUUAGAGAGUUUACAUUCUGCACCAACUAUUGAAUAUCCUCAAGAGCCAGAGACCCCUGAUGCUGGGAACUAUGAGUAUUUCGUUGAAGAACUCGAUGCCAUGUCUCUGAAUGUACCAAAUGUGAAAAUAUUAAGGUUCCCUGCGUACAUCAAUUCCUCAAUGUGGUUAGGUGGACUUAUGGAACAACAACUUGCCAAGGAGUUAAUAUUUAUUAAGGACUUUUGGGGUUCUCUGGAGGAAAUGGUAACUCUGUUAGCUCGGUCUGGUUUUGUUGGUGACACACACAAUUCUUUUGUGCUAGAGGAGGGGUUGUUUGAGAAAUAUUCUGACCCAUUCUUGUCUAUGAAUGACUCUAGAAGUCAGACACAUACCAUCCAAGCCUUUCAUAAACUCAUGGUCUACUAUUGCGCUCAACACAACUUACUGAACUUAUUGGAUCUUUAUCUUGAUCACCACAAGUUGGGCAUGGAUGACGAGGCACUUUCCUUAUUAGAACAUGCAGUAGGAGAUAAUCAACAUGCAAGGUGGUUAUUGUUACAAAGGGUUAAAGGGAAAGAGUUUGAAGCAUCAUUCUCUAAUGCCCGUGCAGUUGCCUCCAAUAGUAUAGUUCCUAGUAACAGUCUCAGUGUCAUGGAAGUACGCGACAUUAUAAAAACAGUUGAUGACAUUGCGGAAGGAGGAUGUGAAAUGGCUGCUUUAGCAACAUUGAUGUAUUCCCCGGUACCAAUUCAAGAUUGUCUUAGCAGUGGGAGUGUUAGCAGAAACCAUAAAUCUGCUCAGGUCACAUUAGAAAAUCUGAGGCCUGUCCUCCAGUGCUUCCCUACAUUGUGGCGUGCACUUGUCGCAGCAUGCUUUGGGCAAGACCCAACUUGCAAUGUUCAGGUCCCUAGGCUCAAAUCCUUUGAAUGUUCUGAGUUAUUAGACUAUUUGGCUUGGCGUGAGGAUGUCUUCUUCUCUUCAGGGCGUGAUACCUCACUUUUACAGAUGCUUCCAUUCUGGUUCCCUAAGUCUGUUCGCAGAUUGGUUCAGCUUUAUAUCCAGGGCCCACUAGGUUGGCAGUCAUUUGCGAAUCUGCCCAUGUAUGACAAUUUUCUACCCAGGGAUGUCGAUCAUGCUGCUAUUAGUCCCAUGCACUGGGAAAUUGCCAUUCAGAAACACAUUGAGGAGGAACUGUAUGAUACUUCGUUGAAGGAAUCUGAACAUGGAAUCGAACACCAUUUGCAUCGAGGACGGGCAUUAGCAGCUUUCAGUCAUCUCCUUUCCGUGAGAGCGCAGAAAUUAAAAUCUGAAAGUUCACAGAGAGUGCGGCCUGGUACUUCUGCACAUGGCCAUAGUCAUGCUAUCAUCCAGUCAGAUAUGCAGACACUCCUUGGGCCCGUAACUGAGACAGAACAGCUUCGUCUCUCAUCUGUCAUUCCCCUUGCUAUUCUGCAUUUUGAGGAUUCUGUGUUGGUGGCUUCUUGUGCAUUUCUAUUAGAGUUAUGCGGUCUCCCUGCCCGCACCAUCAAAAUUGAUGUUGCAGCACUGAGAAGGAUAUCUUCCUUUCAAAAAUCUGGAGAUUAUGCUGAUCACUGUAGACAAUGUUCUACCAGGAGUCCAUCUCAAGCCACUAUUGAAGGUGACAUAAGUGAAUCGCUUGCCCGGGCACUGGCAGAUUAUUAUCGUCACCAUGAUUGUCUUGAGUUUGGUAGUAAAAAAGAUAACCAGCCUACCAUCACCAGUAAGCAUCAAUCUCAAGCUAUCAUGCUGGUCUUGCACCACUUGGAAAAUGCAAGUCUUCCUCAAGUUACAGAAAGAGCAACAUGCGGAUCCUGGUUGUUGACUGGUAAUGGUGAUGGUGUUGAAUUGAGAUCUCAGCAAAAAACUGCAAGCCAGCAUUGGAAUUUAGUGAUAGAUUUUUGUCAUGCACAUCAUGUCCCUUUGAGCAGUAAAUACCUUGCAGUAUUGGCAAGGGACAAUGACUGGGUUGGAUUUCUUUCAGAAGCUCAGAUUGGAGGUUACCCUUCUGAGACUGUAAUUGAUGUUGCAUCUAAAGAGUUCAGUAAUCCAAGACUAAAAACACACAUAUUGACAGUUCUAAGAAGUAUGCAGGCGAGAAAAAAAGCAAGCUCCUCAUCAGGCUUUCAUACUGCUGAAAAGGAGGGACAAACUUCUUUAUCAAAAGAAAACCACUAUGCACCUACGGAAUUAUUUGAAAUUAUAGCCGAUUGUGAGAAUAAGAAUAACCCUGGACAGGUUCUUCUCCAAAAAGCUCAGAAUUUGUGUUGGUCACUGCUGGCCAUAAUUGCAUCUUGUUUUCCAGAUGUCUCUCCUUUGUCCUGCCUUACGGUUUGGCUGGAAAUUACUGCAGCAAGGGAGACUUCAGCUAUCAAGGUUAGUAACAUUGCUUCUCAGAUUGCAAAUAAUGUUGGUGCAGCAGUGGAAGCAACUAAUUCUCUUCCAGCAAGUGCUAGAGUUCCAACUGUGCAUUAUAACCGCAGGAAUUCAAAACGUAGGCGGUUGUUGGAUCCCAUGUUUAUGAAUUCUUCAGCUUUUACAGAACCUAAAGUAUCUUCAGCCUAUAGCAAUGUAAGGGUUAAUGGUAUUCAUGCUGAAGAUGAAAUGGAGAAGCAACUAGUUCAUGAUGAUAAAACUUCUAUUGAUUCCACUGAAGUAUGUGCUUCUUUAUCAAGGAUGGUUGCAGUUCUAUGUGAAAAGAAUUUGUUCCUCCCUCUUCUUAGGGCUUUUGAAAUGUUUCUUCCUUCAUGUUCUCUCCUACCCUUUAUCCGUGCUCUCCAGGCUUUCUCACAAAUGCGCCUGUCUGAAGCUUCAGCACACCUGGGAUCCUUUUCCGCCAGAAUUAAGGAAGAACCUCAAACACAUACACAAAUGUGGAACGGACAAGCUGGGAGUUUUUGGAUAUGUUCUACAGCUGUCAAAGCUGCUGAUGCAAUGCUCUUAAAAUGUGCAUCACCUUAUGAAAAGAGAUGUUUACUGCAGCUCCUUUCUGCUACUGAAUUUGGUGAUGGGGGUUCUGCUGCAGCAUCAUAUCGACGACUUCUUUGGAAAAUAAAUUUGACAGAGCCCUCAUUACAAAAAGAUGAAUGCCUUCACCUAUCAAAUGAGUUUGUGGAUGAUUCUUCACUACUAGUUGCAUUGGAAAAGCAUGGUUAUUGGGAGCAUGCACGGAGUUGGGCAAGACAGUUAGAUGCUGGUAUCGGAUCUUGGAAAUCUGCAGUCCAUCAUGUUACUGAAAUGCAGGCUGAGUCUAUGGUUGCUGAGUGGAAAGAGUUUCUUUGGGACGUCCCAGAAGAAAGAGUUGCGUUAUGGGGCCACUGCCAAACACUAUUUCUUAGGAACUCUUUUCCACCCUUGCAGGCGGGACUAUUUUUUCUUAAGCAUGCCGAGGAAGCAGAGAAGGAUCUGCCGGCCAGAGAGCUUCAUGAACUAUUUAUGCUUUCUCUGCAAUGGUUGAGUGGGAUGAUAACUCAAUCUAAUCUAGUUUAUCCAUUGAACCUCUUGAGAGAGAUUGAAACAAGAGCAUGGCUACUCGCUGUCGAAUCAGAAAGUCAAGUGAAGAGUGAAGGAGAUAUCACCUCAAAAAGAUGCAACCAGGAUAUUACCACUAGCAAGAGCUAUAAUAUUGUUGAGCACACUGCAAGUAUUAUAAUUAAAAUGGAUAAUCACAUUAACAAUUUGAGGGGUAAAUUUGUCGAGAGGACUGACACAAGAGAAAAUAACCUGACACAUUCACGGACCUCUCAAGUUCUUGAUUCUGCUUCUUUUGGUGCUACUACAGCAAGUGCUAAAGCAAAACGUAGAUCCAAAGGUUUUGUUCCAUCGAGAAAGCCUUUUGUUGAUGUCAUAGAGAAAGGCAGUGAAUUUGAAGGCUUCUUCCAGUUCAGUCUAAAAAAUGAUUCACAGAUAGUAGAUGAGAACGUUAAAGUGGAAUCUUUCUCCAGGUGGCAAGAAAGAGUGGAACCUGUUGAGCUGGAAAGGGCCAUACUUUCAUUACUGGAAUUUGGGCAAACAGCUGCUGCUAGGCAGCUUCAACAGAAAUUGUCUCCUGGCAACAUCCCAUCUGAAUUCAUGAUUGUGGAUGCUACUCUUAAGCUUGCUGCUUUAUCUACUCCAAACCAAAAGGUUUUACUAUCAGCAUUGGAUGAUGGAGUGUGCUUCAUCAUGCAUUCAUACAAUCUUAUUUCUGAUCAGCACAUGAUUGACCCCCUGCAGGCAUUGGAGAGUUUAGCAUAUGUCCCUUCAGAGGGCAGGGGACGAGGACUCUGCAAGCGGGUCAUAGCCAUUGUCAUGUCAGCAAAUGUUUUGGGCCUUACGUUUCAUGAGGUAUUUGAAAAGCAACCAGUUGAAAUUUUACAGUUGCUCGCUCUCAAAGCGCAAGAUUCAUUUGAAGAAGCAAAUAUCUUGGUGCAAACUCAUCCUAUGCCAGCAGCUAGCAUUGCACAAGUUCUUGCUGAGUCUUUUCUGAAGGGAUUGCUAGCAGCACAUCGUGGGGGGUAUAUGGAUUCACAAAAGGAUGAAGGACCUGCCCCUUUGUUAUGGAGAUUUUCUGAUUUCUUAAAGUGGGCUGAGCUUUGCCCUUCCGAACCAGAAAUAGGCCAUGCUUUAAUGCGUUUGGUAAUCACCGGGCAAGAAAUACCACAUGCCUGUGAGGUGGAGCUUCUCAUUCUGUCCCACCAUUUCUACAAGUCAUCUGCAUGUCUUGAUGGAGUUGAUGUUCUCGUAGCUCUUGCAGCAACGAGGGUGGAAGCUUAUGUUUCUGAAGGGGAUUUUCCAUGUUUGGCUCGGUUGAUAACUGGGGUAGGGAAUUUCCAUUCACUCAAUUUCAUUCUUGGAAUUCUAAUUGAAAAUGGUCAACUAGAUCUUCUACUCCAAAAAUUUUCAAAUGCCGUGGAUGCAAGUGCUGGUACUGUAGAAGCUGUCAGGGGAUUUAGAAUGGCAGUUCUCACAUCACUCAAGCAAUUUAAUCCCAAUGAUCUCGAUGCAUUUGCAAUGGUAUAUAAUCACUUUGACAUGAAGCAUGAUACUGCAUCGCUUUUGGUGUCUCGGGCAGAGAAUUCACGUCAACAGUGGUUCCUGCGCUAUGACAAGGAUCAGACUGAUGAUCUCCUAGCAUCCAUGCGUUACUUCAUUGAAGCUGCUGAGGUUUACUCUUCCAUUGAUGCUGGCAAUAAGACAUAUGGGGCCGUUGCUCAGGCGUCACUAUUGUCCCUUCAGAUCCGAAUGCCAGAUUUGCAAUGGCUCUGCCUCUCUGAAACCAAUGCACGCCGAGCUCUGGUGGAACAAUCCCGUUUCCAGGAAGCCCUAAUUGUUGCUGAAGCAUAUGGUCUUAACCAGCCAGGGGAGUGGGCCCUUGUGCUUUGGAAUCAAAUGCUUAGACCAGAGCUCAUCGAACAGUUUGUUGCUGAGUUUGUGGCUGUCCUCCCUCUCCAAUCCUCAAUGCUCCUUGAACUCGCCAGGUUCUAUAGAGCCGAGGUGGCUGCCCGAGGGGAUCAGUCCCAGUUCUCUGUGUGGUUGACCGGGGGUGGACUCCCAGCUGAAUGGGCAAAGUACCUUGGGAAAUCUUUUAGGUGUUUGUUGAGAAGGACUGGGGAUCUGAAACUGCGGCUUCAGUUGGCUACCAUUGCCACAGGGUUUCCUGAUGUCGUCGAAACCUGCAACCGUGCAUUGGAUAAGGUCCCUGAAAACGCAGGACCUCUUGUCCUUAGGAAAGGUCACGGUGGUGGGUACCUCCCACUCAUGUGAAAAAUCAAUCAUAGACUUCUUCUAUACAGUAUUAUUACCGACACGUCCUGUUCUAUUAGCGGCACAAGAUAUUACAGAUGUAGAAUAUCUUUAUUUGGCUUUUUCUACUUCGGUGUCCCCCCCGGAAUCCCGGAUGCAUAAUAAUAGCCAAGUAGAAAUAGUUGAGGAAGAAAUAUACCAGUAGUUAGGACACACGUUGAACCUUGUUGAAAAUAUUGAAGCUUUUUGGCUUUGCCAUUUUUUUCACUUUUUUGUUUCCAAAAUUCUUUCCAAUCAAGAGGCCAGGUUGAGUAGAAGAGCUAUGACACAUUGGCACUUCACUAUAUCAGUGAGAGAUGCAUUAUAUAUACAUGUGGUUGGUCAUAACUCAUAAGGGGGAGAAAUUC